AUGAUUCCAAAUAAUAAUACUAAAUAAUCUUUCCAAGACUUGACAAAAAAGAUUAUAUUAGCUACCAAUAUUCUCGUUAAUAAGAUUGAAAUUAAGGCGCACGAAUAUUAGACUUUUUGGGAAUUACUUAAUGAAGGUUAGGAUAAUGCUUCUAUUUAUGUUCUUGAAUUAUUAAAAAUUAUUGAUUAAACUGAAUAUAAAAGAAAAAAAGAACCAUAUAGUUUAGAAAGCUUACUAGCUACUUUGUUAACUAUUAGUAUGUUUAAAAAUGUUGAAAAUGUUAAAAAAUAAAAAGAUUUUAAGGAAGUAAAAUAAAACUGGGAUCAUCAUAUUGUUAGCGCUCAUAAAAAAUAAUAAUUAAUGAAUCCUUAUUCUAUAUCAAUAGUGUGUAAUUUACACUUUAUUUUUGAAUCUUAAUAAUAAGAAGAUACAAAUUUUACAGGUUUCUUAAUAGGUGCAGUUGCAUUUAUGCCUGAUUUAUUUAAAGUUGCGAAGCCAGAAAAUAUUGAACUAAUGUAUGAUUCUUUGAAAUAGCAUUAUUAAUUGGUUGAGUAAUAUGGUAAAACAGUAAGAGUUAAAAAUGAUUCUUUUUAUAAUUUAUUAUUGGAUGAAAGAUUUGAUCUACAAGAAACUGGAGAAUUUAUGUUUUGCUAUGAAUAUUUAAUUAAACAAAUAAGAACUAAAUAUAAAAAAUCAAGCAGAGUUUAUUAUGAUUCACUAUUAAAAUAUUUUAAGAUGAUUCCAUUCAUAGCUUAAGAUUUUCCAGAAUAAGCUGAAAAAUCUGCAUUAUCAUUAUUACAUAUGACAAAAUAAUUGAUUACGUUUUAUUGUUGUGAAAGUGUUGAUCUUUUGAAAUCACUUCUUAAUUAAAUAGAAAUAUUUAGAAGAUGGCCAUUUCCAGUAGGAGUAAUGGCAAAUGAAUUAGUUUAGAUAUUAUAUUAAGAAUAAAAAUCAAGAGGAAAUGGAUAUAGAAUGAAGAUUAGAGAAGAAAUUCCAUAAGUUGAUUUUUUAGAUGAUGAUUAAUUUUAAGAUAUUCAAGAAUAAAGUAGUUUAGAAUAAUAGAUUCCUAUAUCAGGAUUGGCUUAACCAAAAUAAGAAUAAUAAAUAUUAUCUGUCUAUGUGUUUUAUGAAAAUAGAUAAAAUAAUGCAAAUAAUGUAUUAUAAUAUGCACAAUUUGUUUUAAGAAAUAAGAAUCCAAAUAAUUCUUAAUUAUAUACUGCAAAUAGUCUAAGAUGUUAUAUUUGUGCUUAAAUAUUGCAAUUUUAUCAAAAAAAAAAUGUAUGAUUAUUCAUAAUUAGUUCAGUAAGGGAAAAAUCCUAGUCCUCAAUUAUCAGCAUUUAAAGAAGUAGAUAUAUUUAAUUUAUAUUGUAAAUUGCUGACAAUAGUUGAGAAAUGUGACAAUUUGGAUUCUAUAGCUGACAUAGAAUUAAUAUAUGAAAAUGCUUUUGAUGAAAUAACCAAAGAAUUGAUAAAGCAUAGUUAAGAACCAAAUAUGAAUUAAAAAGAAGUUUAGGCAAUAAUGAAUAAUUAAGUAAUUAAUUUGUAUUUAAUUUUUAGUUAUCAAUUCCUGAUUUUCCUUUGUUUUAUUUUCAUAAUGUAAUGUAAAAAAGUUUUAGUUUUACUGCUCCAAAGCAAUCUUUUUUAAAAUUAGAUUAAGGAUAGUUCAUGGCUCCAAAUUAAUUAAUUAAAGAAUUUAUUUAAAGAGCUUAUGAUAAUUAUAUGCCUCUUCAUACAGAACCAUUAAGAUUAUUAGUAGUAGGAUCAGAUGCAGAAUUAUUUGAAGUAUGUAUGUUACUAGGAGAAAUAUAUUUAAAGGAUCCAUUUUUAUUGAGAACUUUGGAUAUUAGAGUUUUUAUUGUUCCAACUAAAGAUUGUGCUUUAGCAUAGUUUCUUGCAAUAAAAGAUCCAUGGUAUUAAAGAUAUCUUUAUUUACCAUUUAUGGAAGAUAUUCUGAUUCCGAAAUUAGAAUCUAUUAAAGAAGAUAAUAAUAAAUAUAUUUAAGAAGGCAAUAAAGUACUAGGUUAAUUGCCUUUAGAAUAAAAAGCUUGGUGUUUAAAUACAUAUUUAAGAGAAGGGAAUAGAGCAUAUAAUGUGAGAGUUUAUAAAUUAAAGAUCUUUUAAAAAAACUUAAGUUAUGGAGGAAUAGCAAUGACAGAGUAAAUUUAAGGUUUAAAUGCAAAACCUUCAAAUUCAAAUGAUGGAAUUAUGAAAAGUACUCUAUUCUUUUGUUCUUAUGUAAUGUUUGGUGCUAUAGCAGAAUUUGAAUUACAAAAAGAGAAAUCAAAAGAUGAAAAAUUAUAGAAAUUGUCAUUUUAUGAUUUUAAAGAAAAAAAUCUAUGCAAAUUUUAAUAUUUAAAUAUCAAUAUGUAAACAGAGUAAACUGAUAUGCUGGGAAAUAUUACUGCUAGUAUUAAUAAAGAUGACAAGAUUUAAGUCUAAUUACAUAAUUGCAAAAUUAAUAAUGUUUAUACAGAUUUUUUUGAGGGUAAUAUGCCUAUGCCUCAUACUGAUUGGUUAGAGUUAUCUUAUAUUACUUAUGAGAAUUCUAAACUCUUUGAUAGUGGAUUAAGAUAAAAGAAUAUUUUUAAGAAACAUUCUUAAGGUAUUAAUAUUAAUAAUUAAUUAAGAAUCUAUAUAAAAUGCAUUUAAAUCUUUAUUUACUAAUAUUUCAAUAACAAAGAUUAAUGUAGAGGAAGCAACAAAAAAACCUUUUUCAAUAAUUGUUGAUGGAAAUAUUUACACCGAUGUAGUUUAAUUUAAGAUUUGUAAUACUCAUAUGAAAAAAGCAAAAAUUGCAUAAACUUAAAAAAAGAAGGAAAAUCCAGUUGAUUUAAGUUCAAUAAAACAUUUGAAUUUGCCAGUGAUGAGUUUUUUACCAUUUAAAGUUUGA